AUGGCGAGCUCGGGGUCGCUGGAGACGGUCAUGCCUUCCUCCUGCCCCCGGCACGACGGCAGGGCCGCCGCCGCUAACCCCUCCAAGACCCUGGCCUUCUCCAUCGAGCGGAUCAUGGCCAAGACGUCGGAGCCCAAGCCUGCCUUCGAGCAGAGGCACGGCGGGCCGGGGCAGGAGCAAGAGCCGGGCAAGAAGCCGCUGAGUCUGUGCUCGCCCCUGCCCUGUGUGAUCCCCAUCCCACCGCUGGGCUACGAGGUGCCCUCCAAGACUCUUCUCAACUACUCGGAGCUGUGGAAGAGCAGCCUGCGGGGCGGCGGGGGGCUCUGCAAAGCCAACUGCGGCGUCUGCUGCAAGGCAGAGCUCGCCCUGGGCCAGCCCAGCGGCCGGCUCAUCAAGCCGCAGGUCAUCCACCAAGCGGGGGCCGUGCCGGCCGCCCCCCGCUCCCUCUACUACUUCAACUACCUGGAUGCCGCGUACCACCCUGCCGACAUCCUGCAUGGACAGCUCUUCCCGGCCGGCCUGCUGGGUGCCCCGCCGCCGGGGGGGCUCUCGGCCCACCAGAAGCUCUUCCUGCUGGAGAACACCAAGCUGGCUGGGCUGGCGGCCGAGAAGCUGCCGCCGCCGCCGCCCUUCGCCCACAAGGAGCGGCUGCCGGGACACCUGGACCAGGUGAUGAAGGAGGCGGCGGCGGCGGAGCGGGGCGGCCCCCCCAAGGGCCACGCCAAGCUGGGGGGCGGCGGCGGCGCUGCGGAAGGCAAGCCCAAAAACUUCACCUGCGAGGUCUGCGGCAAGGUGUUCAACGCGCACUACAACCUCACCCGCCACAUGCCGGUGCACACGGGGGCCAGGCCGUUCGUAUGCAAGGUCUGCGGGAAGGGCUUCCGCCAGGCCAGCACCCUGUGCCGGCACAAAAUCAUCCACACCCAGGAGAAACCCCACAAGUGCAACCAGUGCGGGAAGGCGUUCAACAGGAGCUCCACGCUCAACACCCACAUCCGCAUCCACGCCGGCUACAAGCCCUUCGUCUGCGAGUUCUGCGGCAAGGGCUUCCACCAGAAAGGCAACUACAAGAACCACAAGCUGACCCACAGCGGAGAGAAGCAGUACAAGUGCACCAUUUGCAACAAAGCCUUCCACCAGAUCUAUAACUUGACUUUCCACAUGCACACCCACAACGACAAGAAGCCCUUUACAUGCGUCACUUGCGGGAAAGGAUUUUGCAGAAACUUUGAUUUAAAGAAGCACGUCCGAAAGUUGCACGACAGCGUCUCCAGCGCUCCGCCGCCGCCGCCGCGGGACCCUGGGCGCAGCGGGCAGAGCUAA